AUGUCUCCUCCCAACCACCCCAAAGUGAUACAGGAGCUCCCCAGCCAACCCUUCCCCCAGGCCCCUGGAGAAGGAGGCCCUUCGGAGGCUUGGGAGGUGAAGCCCCUGCACAUGGCCCCCCACCCCACCCCGAGAUCUCCGGACACCACGUGCCUGUCUUGUGAGCGCCAGCUGCAGGACGACACAUCUGGAGAGGCCGAGCGCUGCCUGGACACGGAGCGGGCGCUGCGCCUCUUGGAGGACUACCGGGCGAAGCUCAGCCAGGCGGAGGACCGGCCGCUGCGGAGCUCGGUGGAGCGGGUCAUCGGCAUCUUCCAGAGCAGCCUCUUCCAGGCGCUGAUCGAUAUUCAAGAAUUUUAUGAGGUGACUUUACUCGACAAUCCCAAAAGUAUCAGCCGCUCGAAGCAAAUCGACUUUGUCCAGCCUGUGAACACAUGGGACUUCUCCAGCCUUCCAAGCACCACAGUGACUUCUGAAACGCUGCCCAGCAGCCUUAGUCCAGUCGCAGAGACUGUGUGGGACUCUGCUUUCCGUGGAUAAUAUAUUUGCCGGGA